AUGAGAUCUACGGUUUGCUUUGUUCUUGUAUGGCUUUGCCUGUUUUCAGCUGCUGUUGACGCUCAAGGAUUGUUUGGGUCAUUUUUGGGAGCCCCAGGAAUGGGAGGACCAGGAAUGGGUGCACGCCGCUUUGGCCCAGGUAUGGGAGGUAGCACCUCACAAAGUAUUCAGUAUAGAGGAGGUUAUGGACCAUAUGGCAGUUCUAAUGGUUUUGGACAAGGAUACAGCCGAGGAUUUGGUAAAUAA